AUGUGGGCGCUCAGAUGCCACGCGGCUGUGGGUCUGCUGCCAUGGGUAGUGUCCAGGCCCUGGGCCUCAGUCGGGAUCCCACGCGGGAGGGAGCUGAUCAGAGCAUGCAGCCACAGAGGCCUGCAGGUCACAACCAAUGUGGCCUCCACCGGCCGCCACUCAAGUCUCAGCCCCCACUACCUCGAUCAGAUUCUGAACAUCAAGAAGCAGAGUGUCUGUGUGGUACAUCUGAGGAACUCAGGAACUUUAGACAACCCAAGCUCUCUAGAUAAAACAGCUUAUGAAAGACUUGCGGAAGAGAUACUGGACGCCCUGGCAGAGUUCUUUGAAGACUUGGCAGACAAGCCCUAUACCCUGGAGGACUACGAUGUCUCCUUUGGGGGCGGCGUACUAACUGUUAAGCUGGGCGGGGAUCUAGGGACCUAUGUGAUCAAUAAGCAGACCCCAAACAAGCAGAUCUGGUUAUCAUCUCCCUCCAGUGGCCCCAAGCACUAAGACUGAACGGGGAAGAACUGGGUGUACUCCCAUGACAGCAUGUCCCUACAUGAGCUGCUGGCCAGGGAGCUGACAGAGGCCUUCGACACCAAACUGGACUUGUCUUCCUUGGCCUACUCUGGAAAAGGCUCUUGA